AUGGAGAGCACAUCUGAAAUGGGUGUGGUUCAGAAUAACUUUGGUAGAAUCGGAGGUAAUUAUGCUCCUGAAAAUUCUCAUGUUCCCUCUCAAAACAACCUCAUUGGACUUACACCUCCUUCCUUUGAGCAGUACAAUGACCAGAACUCCCUUGGCUUCCAAGAUGAUUAUUCAUUAUGGGGCUCUUUUUCUAUGGAAGAGAAUAACCUCCAGGAUAACGCAUUGGACGAAUAUUCUCUUUGGAACGAAACAGGAAAUAUCGAUGAUCUUUACAAUAACGGUCCAAAAUGUCCCGACGAUUAUGUCGAACCACCAGUACCCAAGAGAAGAAAGUUCAAUUCAGACUCAACUACUAAGCCUUCAUCUUUUGAGUCAGCUACUCAAGAGGCUGCCAGUCCAAUCACUGACUCCCUGUCCGUUUUCUCUCAACAGGCCAUGCCCAUCCAAAAGACGACAGAAUCAGCCUCACCAUUAAAUGCCCCUAAGGCCCCAAGUGAAGUCUUUCAGCAAACAAUUGGACAAGAAUCACUUCUCUCCCAAGUAUCUUCAUCUGGAUUGCAAAUUUCCUCUGACAAGGACGGCCCCACUACAUCUCCCAGUGGUCGGGCCACAGAUAUCCAAAAUGUACCGGCCACCAAUUCGGCUUACUCUGCUAGCAAUCACAGUCACGUUUCGCAACCAACCACAAGCACGAGUGUCACUGCACCAGAAAUUGGUCAAACCCCUUCUGCAACUCAUAUACUGUCUAUUCCAGAAUCUCACCAAACAGUUCAGCAGCAACCUUGUGGAGUUACUGGCGUUCCAUUAGGACCCACCUACAUACGAAGCUCACAAAGAUCACAAAUGCGAGUUGCAUCGGAUAGCUAUGGUCAUCAAGUUUCCCCAAAUCAAACGCAUACUCAGAGAAGACCAUUUACUGCAUUUCCUCCACAAAACAUUGGGUUUACACCAUUUCGAUGUUCGUUUAAUCAACAUGCUACAUCUGGCUCACGAGACUCAAAUCAAGCUCCACAAGAAGCUACGGAGCAGGGUACAAGACUUUUUCUACCAUCUGGGCCAACAAGUUCCGGUACCACUACCCAGAAGUCCUUGCCACAAUGUUUAGAUAGGAGCUCCAUUCCACCUCAGCUUAGAGAAGUAAUGGAAAAGUUUGAAAACAAGAUUAGGAUGGACGCUGAUCUCAGAAACGCUUUUAACAUUGUUUUUCCCUCGCGAAGCAUGGAAGUUGAGGAAUUGAAACAAAAGAUUAUCAACGAAAGACAUCAAGCCUCUCAGAGAGAAAAUGCUUUAAAAAAUAUGCUUACUGAGCUUCAAGAUAAUGCCACCGCUCAAGAAGCCUUGCAAACCAGAGCAAUGGGUCUCCUUACUCAACUCAGAGCAAAUCCUCAACACGAUAGAUCGUGGGUGUGUAGGAACUUCAACAAGGAACAUGGUCAACCCUGUAACAAUGUCCAGAAGGAAUUCUAUUUGACAAAAAAAGUUUGGAAAAGACGCGAAAGAUGCUCUAAAUGCAAAGCCAAGGUUCAUGAGCUGAAUCGACAAUAUCUUAAUGAUGAUACAGCUGUUGCAUCAUGGAACUUUGAACAACUUGGUCCUUUCGGUCCCGCUUUUCCCGCCCCGCCAGAAUUUCAACGCCCUGAGUCUUUGGAACAUACGAGGAAUACGUCCGACAAGGCAGAAAAGAAUACAGUCAUCUGGGUUGAUUCUGCUCGUCGUCAGUCACUGCCUACUCUUCCUGUUGAUGAUAAAGAUGUUCAAGAAAGUACGGAAUCCAGAUGGGCUUCAUUACCACCACCUACCAAGAAGACUCGAGAUCAUACGCCAUUGAAUUAUUCCAAGGCAACCCAAAAUGCUUUGAGAGCGGCACUUGGAACACAACCCAAGGCAUGGAUGCAGCCACCAAAGCAUAUUGAGACGAUUGUUUUGGAUGAUGAAAGUGAUCAGGACGACGAGACAGAUGAAUCACAAGAAAGUUUCAAUGAGAUACCAGCAGUUGAGCAAGAAACUGGCGUUGAAAACACUAUGGAUGCUGAUUUUGAUGCUGAGUUUGAAGCAGAAUUGGAGGCUGACCUCACUACUGCUCUUGAGACGGAAGUUUCAUAG